GAGAUCGCUUGGUGGAACUAAAUUGUAUAUUUUUCUCCAUACCUUUUCUCAUCUAAAUGCCCAAACAAAGAAAUCAUUCCUUACAGUUGAUUUGCAGUCACUCCCCUCGCAACAAAACAAAGCGUUUAUUUUAUUAUCCAAACAAAUUUCUUCUUCUCUCUAACUGACAGGUAUUCUCACUAUCUCUUUCUCGCUCUAGGGUUUCAAAAAGGAAAGGUCAAGUGAUCACAAUUGAAGCUUGCACAGCCCAAUAGAAGAAGUAUUUUGUUGCUUCUUUGAUCGCUUCAAUCUCUACUACUCUGCUUCGGAAAGAAUCGACUACAGAGUGUCUGUCUCCUCCCUUCGGCAAAAAAUUUUCUUAGAUUGCAAGGAAUCAUUAUAAAAUAUUUGUCUGAAGAAUGGAUUUUAUCUAUGGAAGUAGAUGAUAAUAAUGACUGGCAGGAAUCAGCAUGCAGUUCAUGAUAUGGUCAGUCUUCAAGAAAAUGUGCUUGUUGGUGAUGCACGGGGAGAAAAUAUGGUUGACAUUGUGGAUGAGGCACAAAAUGGUGAUUCUGGGGUUGUUGACUUCCCUAAGAGGGCUGUCACAUUGUUUGAAGAGGACACAGACUUUGAGCCAUGCAAUGGCAUUGAAUUUGAAUCACAUGAGGCAGCAUACUCAUUUUAUCAAGAAUAUGCCAAAUCAAUGGGGUUCACCACUUCAAUAAAAAACAGUAGACGUUCAAAGAAAUCAAAAGAAUUUAUAGAUGCCAAAUUUGCAUGUUCCAGGUAUGGAAUUACACCAGAAUCUGAUGGUAGCAAUAGUCGACGAUCAAGUGUGAAAAAGACAGAUUGCAAAGCAAGUAUGCAUGUGAAGAGAAGACCAGAUGGUAAGUGGAUAAUUCAUGAGUUUAUUAAGGAGCAUAACCAUGAGCUUUUACCAGCCCUUGCAUAUCAUUUUCGAAUCCAUCGGAAUGUAAAAUUAGCUGAAAAGAAUAAUAUUGACAUCUUGCAUGCUGUCAGUGAACGAACAAGAAAAGUGUAUGUUGAGAUGUUGAGACAGUCUGGUGGGUUUAAAAAUGUUUCACUUGUUCAAAAUGACAAUGGUACUCAAUUUGAGAAAGGUCGCCCUUUGGCUCUUGAGGAGGGAGAUGCCCAAGCAUUACUUGAAUAUUUCAAGCAUAUCAAGAAGGAGAAUCCAAACUUCUUCUAUGCUAUAGAUUUGAACGAAGAGCAGCGUCUGAGAAAUUUGUUUUGGGUUGAUGCAAAAAGUAGGAAUGAUUAUAUCAGCUUUAAUGAUGCUGUUUCUUUUGAUACCUUCUACGCAAAAUACCAUGAGAAAUUGCCAUUUGCUCCUUUUGUUGGGGUAAAUCAUCACUGUCAGCUGAUUUUGCUUGGAUGUGCAUUAGUUGCAGAUGAUUCUAUGUCGACUUUUGUUUGGUUAUUGAGAACAUGGCUUAGAGCAAUGGGUGGGAAAGCCCCUAAAGUUAUAAUCACAGAUCUAGACAACACCUUGAAGGCAGCAAUUGAGGAAGUCUUCCCAAAUACCCGUCAUUGUUUUUCUCUGUGGCAUAUUUUCGAAAAGAUGCCUGAAACUCUUUCUCAUGUAAUCAAACGGCAUGGAGAUUUUAUGCCAGAAUUCCACAAGUGUGUUUUUAAAUCCUGGACAGAUGAAGAGUUUGAUAUGAGGUGGUGGACGAUGGUUACUCAAUUUGAACUCCAAGAUAAUGAAUGGAUUCAGUCAUUAUAUGAUGAUAGGAAAAAGUGGGUGCCCACAUAUAUGGAGGAUACUUUUCUAGCCGGAAUUGCUGCAAGUCAGCGGUCUGAAAGUGUGAACUCUUUCUUUGAUAAAUAUAUUCAUAGGAAAAUCACACUUAAAGAAUUUAUGAAACAAUAUGGAUUAAUUUUACAAAAUAGAUAUGAGGAGGAAGCAAUAGCAGAUUUUGAUACUUCUCACAAACAGCCUGCCCUGAAAUCUCCUUCUCCUUGGGAAAAACAAAUGUCAAUGGUUUACACGCAUGCAAUAUUCAAGAAAUUUCAAGUUGAGGUGUUAGGUGUAGUUGGUUGCCAUCCCAAAAAGGAAAGGGAAGAUGGAACAAAUGUAACGUUUCGAGUUCAAGACUGUGAAAAGAAUGAGUAUUUCCUGGUGUCAUGGAACCAAAGUAAGUCAGCAGUGUCUUGUUUAUGCCGAUUGUUUGAAUACAAAGGAUUUCUUUGUAGGCAUGCAUUGAUCGUCCUCCAAAUCUGUGGUCUUUCAAGCAUCCCAACACAUUAUAUUUUGAAGAGGUGGACAAAAGACGCAAAGAGCGGGCAGCAGCUGGCAGAAGGAAAAGCAAGAAUAGAAACAAGGGUGCAACGCUAUAAUGCUUUAUGCAAACUAGCAAUUGAAAUGAGUGAAGAAGGAUCGUUAUGUGAACAGAGCUACAAUAUUGCUUUCCGCACACUUGUAGAAACACUGAAGAAUUGUGUGAAUGUGAAUAACAGAAACAACAGUGCUUUGGAACCUGGUAGUCAAUCUUUUGCCCCUUGUGAAGCAGAAGAUGAAAACCAAGGAAAUUUUUCCAAGUCUAGUAAGAAGAAGAAUCCAAUCAGGAAAAGGAAGGUACAAGCAGAUCCAGAUAUUAUGCUUGUGGAAGCGCAGGAGAGCUUGCAGCAGAUGGAAAAUCUAGGAUCAGAUACUCUUAAUGGUUAUUAUGGUGCACAGCAGAAUGCACAAGGACUGGUACAACUGAAUUUAAUGGAGCCUCCCCAUGAUGGUUACUAUGUCAGUCAACCAAGCAUACAAGGGCUGGGCCAAUUGAAUUCAAUAGCACCAGGCCAUGAUGGGUUUUUUGGGACACAGCAAAGCAUAAAUGGGAUGGGUCAAUUUGAUUAUCGACCUCCAACUAGUUUCAAUUAUAGUUUGCAGGAAGACUCUCAUUUGAGAUCUUCACAAUUGCAUGGAAGUGCUCCAAGACACACACAAGGAUGAAACAUUGUUCAUAGUAAUAAUUUUGCCUUCUUUAGGUACCCACAAAUCACAAUCUUACCCGGAGUAACGUGUUUUACGUAGAAAACUAACUCCAGCAAAUGGUUAGCAACUAUUCCCUUUAUGAGCAGAACAUGAUUGAUACUUCUGCAAAGCCCAAAAUUACUCCCCCUUCACUAGAAUUCAUCCAGUAAUUCCUUUUUUGGGAAUUCAGGAUUGGUCUUUUAACCAACCUCUCACCCAAUUCAGCAAUCUAUAAUAUUAGAUACACACUACGAGGUGGCUAAUGCAGCAUCAUUGUAUGGGCAGCAGUCGCAUUUGUGGAUCUUCAACAUCACCGAAGCUGCCUAAACCAUUUGAAUUGUAGAGUGACAUCUUUGAUGAAUAGUUUUGAGGUGAGAUGUGACGCCUCGUCAAACUAGUGAAAGAAUGAGGUUUUUGGUUGUUUAUAACACAAUGAUCUGCAUGCUGUAGGAAUCCUUGUAUUGAUUGUUUUAAUGCUGAUCUUGGUCAUCUGUUGUAAGCAUACGCGCAGUGAACUCUUGAUUCUUGUGAACAGUGUCUACUCUAUUCUUUAAUUUCCACCACGGUGGUUUGCUGUACUGUUAUAUUGAUGACACUGCUAAAGCUUGCGUUCUGGGUUAAUUAAGCUCUCGUGGAUUUUGUAUUAGCUAGC